CUGUCGCCUAGGGUUUUCGGAAGUCUCCAUCUUUCUUUCUUCUACACCUUUGUUUCUUAUCCGAUUUUCCCUUGUUAUCAUUACCGCGUUUGGUUUCUCGAUCUUCUGCAAUUUCAUUUUGACAUCUUGAUAUCCCGCUUUUGUUUCGACCUGUUCUGGUCUGAUCGCUAGGUUUAUCUCUUACUAUGAUUAUGUGCAAGAUAUUUCGUAGGGUUUAGAAUAGCUCCUAAAAUGAAAUGGAUAUGAGCCAUAUGUUAGUCGGUUGCAACGAAUGUCAUCAGAACCUGUCGAUUUCGUGUUUUAACUCAUUGGCAGGGAGCGUAGACGUCGAAGCUGAAGCAUGGAGUGGAAGAUUAGGGUUUUGUGUAUGUGAUAAGGAGAAAUAAGGUCUGUCUCAUCGGUAUAGUGUAAGGCAAAGGACUAUGUGCCGUUUCUGUGAUGCGGAUUACAGAGACGUAGGAGCUCUGUACGCUGGGUUUCAAUAAAUCCAGAUAUUGCCCCAUGUCGAGCACUAGCUGCCACUGUCUCCGCAGAAGUCCCUCUUUUCUUCCACCUUUCGUUUCUGGGGUUGGAGUUCCAAAGCCAACUAGAAGCUCUUGGCCACUCAAUAAGAGUUUACGUCUUGUUGAAUGCCAUUCAAGGUCUUCAAAGAAUAAAUGGAAAAUUUCAUGCUUUAAGGAUGAGGAAUCUUCUUCAUACAUUCCCGAGUCUGAGUUUUCAGGAGACAAGCUGCCGGAAGAGUUGGUCGAACUUGAACUAGGUCAAUCUAGUGUUGUAGAAAGGGGCUGGGUUUCAAAUCUUCAAGAGGCUGCAGAUGCAGUGUUGGGAAUACUUGGAAAACCUUGGACAGUGCCAUGGACAGCAGAAACCAUUAUUCAGGUUAUGCUUCUCUGGAUUGCUUCAUUCUGGUUUGUUGGGUCUUGGAUAGUUCCAUUUCUGGCUCAUGCAGCAGGUUUUAGUAAGGAGUCUCUGACAUAUAGAGGCCAAGCCCUAUACAGUCUCCUUACGGAUGUGGCAGAGGGUCUUGCUGGCAUUGCAAUCCUCCAACGUUGCCUUAACAGGUUCCGCCCUCUUCCCUCUGACUGGUUUAGGUUCAGUCUGAAUGGGAAUUGGCAAUUAGAUGUUGUAUUGGGAUGCCUCAUGUUUCCUUUAGUGAACCAGCUAUCUCAGGUCAACCUCAAUCUCUUGCCUCUUCUUCCCUCCACACCAGUUGUUGUAUCAAGUGUUGAGCAAUCAAUUGUGGCUAGGGACCCCGUGGCAAUGGCCUUAUAUGCAAUAGUAGUUUCUAUCUGUGCUCCUGUGUGGGAAGAAAUUGUUUUCCGGGGAUUCCUUCUCCCUUCAUUGACUAAAUACAUGCCUGUAUGGUGCUCAAUCUUGGUUAGUUCAGUGGCUUUUGCUUUGGCACAUUUCAAUGCACAGAGGAUACUACCACUUUUCUUCCUUGGGGUGGUGAUGGGUGUUGUCUUUGCAAGAUCAAGGAACUUGGUAGCGUCAAUGCUAUUGCAUAGCCUAUGGAAUGGGUUUGUAUUCUUGGAUUUGAUGAAAUAAACAUUUUGUUGUACUUUGUAUUUACACAUCAAUGAUAAAUUCUUCCAAUUUUCUCUCGCU